AUGGGCGCGUCCCUGGCACUCCAGGUGUGCCUCAGGUGCAUCCCUGACCCUCCAGGUGUUACUCAGGCGUGCCCCUGGCACUCCAGGUGUAACUCAGGCGUGCCCCUGACCCUGCAGGUGUGCCUCAGGCGUGUCCCUGACACUCCAGGUGUAACUCAGGUGUACCCCUGGCACUCCAGGUGUGCCUCAGGGUGCCCCUCCCCGCUCCCCGCAGGUGACCGCUCGUACCCGCUCAAGCCGUGGCUGCUGACGCCGAUCGCGGGCCCCGCGCGGCGCGGCCGAGCUGCGCUACAACGCGCUGCACGCGCGCGGCCUGGCCCCGCUGCGCCGCACGCUGCGCCUGCUGCGCCGCCGCUUCCGCUGCCUGGCGGGCGGGGGGCUCCAGUACAGCCCCCCCAAGGUCUGCCAGAUCUUCCUGGCCUGCUGCAUCCUGCACAACAUCGCCCUGCGCCGCCGCGUCCCCCUGGAGCCCCCCGAGGGGCUCCCGCCCGCCCCCGCGCUCCCCGAGCCCCCCCCGCCGCCGCCGCCGCCCCCCGGGCCGGGGGCUCGCGAGGGACGCGCCGUGAGGGCCAGGGUGGUGCAGCAGGUCCGGGAGGGGCUGGCCUGAGGGGCUGGGGGGCUCUGAGAGCUCUGGGGGGGGGCUGA